UUGUCCGUGAUUUUACAAGUUAGAUAAUCUAUUAAUAUAGUUUCUUUAUUGUUAAGUUUAUGUAGUGAUCUUGAUAAUGGAUUGAGUAAGCUUCUUGAGGACUUGGCCACCUUCGUCCGUGAUGACCAGAAAGACGAGUGUUUGGGUGAGGACUCUUUCACUUCAUCCAGUGAGUGGAAGUAUAUGAAACUUGUUGACAUUAACACUGAUAAAAAGGAAAUUGAUAACUACCUUACAAAUGAAACUAAACUAUGCCUACAAAGCAUCAUGCAGUAUAUUGAAGAAAUGGUUUCAGUUGUGAAGAUAAGUGAUUCUGAAACUGAUGUGUGGCCAGUAUUCUUAGGACGACUGACGACUGGCAUGGCAGAACUUUGUCCACAUUUGCAACAGUGUUUUGUUGGAUCAGACAAUGAUGAGAGUCAUCAGUUCUUAAGAGUUACACAAAAUACCACUGACACAAAAAAGGUGGAAGAAACUGACUGGGAAAGAGUGAAGUCAAAAUUAUUAACCCAAAGUGCAUCUUUAUUUGGUAUUUGGGCUAGAAACUUUGUUAAGAAGUUGUGUGGAGAACUAGAAACUCAACUUUAUGGAGUUUCCCCUGUUACCAUCUUGAGCUCCAUUUUGGAAUGGGAAGAGAUUGAAAUUCAAGAAGAAACUGAAGGAGGGCAGACAGUUAAGUCUACGAUACAGAUACCCUUGCAGGUUUCAGUGCCACUGCAGUCUACGGUGUUUCAGUUAUGUCAGGCUAUCAACAGGGCUGCAGGCCAUUCUUUAAACAGGUUGGAAGAGAUAACCAGCAUAUUCCUUGAACAUGUUUUGGAGAUCUAUGGUGCAGCAGCAAAAGAAAUUUUCAACAGGUUGACUGAAGGCUCUCACUUGAGACAGACGUGGGCUCACCAGCUGUUGUUUGAUGUGCGUUACUUAGCAGACUUGUUCAGAGUGAAAGAAAGAAGUAAUCCUCAGCAAACUGCAAAGUUAGAGCAAAUAAUCCGUGACUUAGAGAACCUGAUCGAUCCCUUUGACCUUGAUGUCUUCAAUCCUCAUUUCAAAAUGAAUCUUUCAAGAGCUCUUCAGCGAUCAUCCUUGCUAUUGGGCUUGGCAAUUAGUGGAGAUCUUGUUGGAAGUUGGGAUAAUGCCCGUUCUAAGCCUCAAACUGGACAAAGUGACCAUCACAAUGUUCUACCAUUAAUGUCUGGUUCAGUAAAAUUCCCCUUGUUACCAGUCAGUACGCAGACAAGCAAGCAACUGUUACAGCCACCUCAGCAUCUGAGGUCAUCAACAGCCUCACAAUCUAGUUCAUCAAGCUCAAAGAGUGCUUCCUUCCACGAUUCACGAAAUCAGUCCAGCCCUAAUCUUGCUAACAGUUCAUCUUCAAGUAUUACCAAGUCAGCUUCUUUGUAUGAUCGCAUGACAGCAAUGAGUUCCAGCUUGCUUGCUGGCUUGGAAUCUUGGCAAAACUGAUAACUGAUCAUGAAGAAGGUUGUUCUGAAGUUUGAAGUUUUUUGAUGUCCAUGUUGCCUCGAUUGUGUGUGUGUCGAUGAAUCUUUAGGUGAAAUAAUAUGAAAGGUGUAUAGUAAACUUGAGUGAUUCAGCAUUUAUUAGGUUUUUGUCUGUUAUUUACCAGAACCUUGCAAAACAAAUAUAAACAUAAGGCACUGUAGAAACAGAAUUUGAAAUGGGGAAAGGAGUUUCUCAUAAAUAAAAAUGCAAAUUAAGUGUAUAUUAUUUGUAUAUAGAAAGAAACGUUAGAACACAGUCCUGUAAGACGCUUGAUUGUUGUAGGAAAGUAAUAAAAACAAAAUCUUAAAA